CGGAAGUGCUCGGGCAAGAGCGGAAGUGCAAGCCUAUAGCGGCCGGCAGCGGUUUCGCAAUGGUGGGCGGCGGCGGGAUGGGGGGCGGCCUCCUGGAGAACGCGAACCCCCUCAUCUACGAGCGCUCAGGGGAACGACCGGUGACCGCGGGCGAGGAGGACGAGCAGGUUCCAGACAGCAUCGACGCGCGCGAGAUCUUCGAUCUGAUUCGCUCCAUCAAUGACCCGGAGCAUCCACUGACGUUGGAAGAGUUGAACGUAGUAGAGCAAGUCCGGGUUCAGGUGAGCGAUCCCGAGAGCACGGUGGCCGUGGCCUUCACACCCACGAUUCCACACUGCAGCAUGGCCACCCUUAUUGGCCUAUCCAUCAAAGUCAAGCUUCUUCGGUCCCUUCCCCAGCGUUUCAAGAUGGAUGUGCACAUUACACCAGGGACCCAUGCCUCGGAGCAUGCAGUGAACAAGCAGCUUGCAGAUAAGGAACGGGUAGCAGCUGCCCUAGAGAAUACUCACCUGUUGGAGGUUGUGAACCAGUGCCUGUCAGCCCGCUCCUGAGCCUGGCUUUUUGCCCCUAGUCACACCCAGGGCUCAUGGCCUUGUUUUCUUGAAUCACUGACAAUGAGAAACUAACAUUUUUGCAUUUUGUAAUAAACCCUUAAUUUAUAUUGA